GCCCCUUGCCAAGCCCUUACGUCUUUAUAUAGUGUAAUCAAAUGGCCGGACAGCCUGAGUGAGCAUCCACUCUGCCUCUCUGCAUCUCCUCUGCUGCUCCAGCAUCCUCCUCUCUCCUCUGAGCCUCCAUCUCUCUGUCUGUCCCCCUCCCGGGUGCUGAUCAGCAUGGCCAACCUCCUCCUCACUCUGAGUCUGUGGCUCCUGGCUGGGAGUCACUUCGUUAAGGCGACCUACUACCGGCACCAUCGUUACAUCCCCCACUUCUACCGCUACCGGGAGCACACCGCCAACACGGACAACCUCCUCCCUGAUGGUUCCAACCCCGUGCCUGAGGUCACCCAGUCCGGCGCCUCCACCAACCACGAGAUCCCAGAGGUUUUCCACCCGGCACCCGAAUCAGUCCACCCCAUGCCGGAGGUUUUCCACCACGUCCCCGAGGUGGUGCAUCCCGCACCUGAGAGUUACCUGCCGCCACAGGUGCACCAUCCCGCCGCACCUGUACCCCCCUUCAGCAGCCGCGUGUUCUACGGGGUCAUGUUCGACGCAGGGAGCACCGGCACCAGGAUCCACAUCUACAAGUUCAUUCAGAAAGAUCCCGUUGAGCUGCCAGUUUUGGACAGUGAAAUGUACCAUGCCAUAAAACCCGGCCUGUCUGAGUACAAGUACAACCCUGAGGAGGGCGGUAAUACCAUCCGUCAAUUGCUGAAGAUUGCCAAGAAGACGGUUCCGGAGGAGGAGUGGAAAAGGACGCCAGUGGUCCUGAGAGCCACAGCAGGUCUACGCCUGCUGACUGAGGAGCAGGCUGAGGGCAUCCUGAAGGAGGUACGAGAGGUCUUUGAGGAAUCCCCUUUCUAUGUUCCGAGCAACAGUGUCUCCAUCAUGAAUGGAAUCAAUGAAGGAGUCCUGGCCUGGGUCACCGUGAACUUUCUCACAGGUCAUCUGUACUCCAACACCAGGAGAACUGUGGGUAUUCUGGAUUUAGGUGGAGGAUCAACACAAAUAACAUUCCUCCCAAAAUCAAAGAAAACUAUCGAGACUGCUCCUUCUUCUUAUACUGCCAGAUUCAGCCUCUUCAACAACACUUAUGAACUUUACACACAUAGCUAUCUUAAAAAUGGACUAAUUGCUGCUCGCUUGGCAACUCUUGGAGCCCUUGGAGCUGAUGGGUUGGACUGGAAAGUCUUCACUAGUCCAUGCCUCCCGAAAAAGUACAGAGCGGAAGUGACUUUUGGAGGGAACACCUAUAAAGUCAGUGGGAUUCCAGACGGGUACGCAGGCUAUAAGCUGUGCUACUACGAGGUGCAGAGGGUGAUCAAAGGUAUAUUUCACCAACCCUACGAAGUGAAGGGCACCAACGUCUUCUACGCUUUCUCGCAUUAUUUCGACAGAGCCAAUGAGACGGGCCUUAUCAGUGAACGAGGUGGCACAGUGGAAGUCCGAGACUUUAAGAAGAAAGCCAAAGAAGUGUGCAACAAGAUGACCAAAUACCGCCCCAUUAGUCCUUUCCUCUGCAUGGAUAUGACAUAUAUCACAUGCCUCCUAAAGGAGGGCUUCGGCUUCAAGGACAGCACUGUCCUGCACCUGGCCAAGAAGGUCAACAAUGUGGAAACGAGCUGGGCCCUGGGCGCGACCUUUGACUUCUUCAGAAACUUUAACAUCCAUUAAAGACAGCUCUCCAGUUGUUGCAUCUGGCACUGAAAGGGACAGUCUGUCACCGUUGGGCCUCCUUCCACCCGUCCACCCUCGCAGAUAGUCCCAGCAUGUCUCCACACCCAUCCAUCAUCUCUCCCUAAACCUCAACACCCUCAGCACACUUUGAGAACUUAAAAAAAAAAGAGAAGUUUAUAUAUUUUUUUAAGGCCAGCUGUUUCUACUGUACGCUCAGAACUGGUGAGCUGAUUUUGUUGUUAAAAACGUUUACAUUUUUGAUCCCUUUAUGGGUUUUUGAUCCAAAAUGCCUUCCUCCCCUACCCUGUUUACUAUAUAGGGGCAAAGUCCUUGUACUUUGAUGCUCACUGUGGUCCUGGUGUAUACUGCACAGCUUAGAAAAUUACAAGCAGAAACAACUUAAAUAUUUUCUAGAGGCUUCAAAAUCCACUCUGUUUAGAAUGGCAGUAAAUUAUUUCAAACUUAUUUUAACCACCUUAAUGUUAAACCGAAUCGGAAACAGAGCAACUAACCAAAUAUUUUUCCUUCAACAUUGCACGAAACACUUUAACUGCAGGUAAUGUAGCUGAGAAAUGAUACUUUGCUAUGAUGCCAUCUGGAAUUGUACAUAUUCACGAUCGGUGUUGGAUUCACCACGACUCAGGGGGGCGGUGUAGAGAGAAUUCUCUUGCAGUGUUGUAAAUGAUUCAGUCUCGUAACUUUUUUUUGUGCGAGUUGCCUCUAUUGCUGUUUUGCUUCAUCCAGUGAGAAAAUAACCCAUCGCUCACAGCUUACUUACAGGCUCCUUUGGUGCGAACUGUAUUUAGACGAUCAUUAGAGAAACCACUCAUUAAGCGUAGACAGUGCAGCCAGAACUACAGCCAUUUAAUGAAGUUAAAACAUAAACAGAAACUAUGUAAAAAUUAUAUUUCUUUGUUGUACUGAACAUAUUCUGUUUUCCUUGUGACUUGUACAAAUAUUUGAAACUGUAUUUUUUAUUGUACUUACCCAGUAGAUGCUUUAACUACUCUCUUUGUAUUAUUCUAUAUAUUCAUCUACUACUGUUGUACAUAUAUACUUUUAUCCUAGUGAAAUGUUUUUCCUUCUUUUGCGUACAAAUCUAAAGGGUGCACAGUUGAAAUGUAUAUCUGUAUCCAUCAGUAAAAUGCUGAUGCCUGAUAAUAUGUAAAUUGUUUUUCUUAAAGGGUAUACUGGACAUGUAUGUUUUAAUAAAACGUUUGUGAUUCAUAUUCUGCCUUGUCAAACCUCAUUUUCUUGAAUAAAUACAACAAAAACAC